AUGGGCGACCACGACAUGAGCAUGGACCCCGCCGCUAAUGCCCCCGAUGCCGCUUUCGCGGACAAGGGCAAGGGCAAGGCCCAAGACCCGACGCACGAGAUGAGCAUGGACGAGGAGAGCUCUGACGAGAGCGAGAACGAGAUUGGUGACAACGAUGACGAAGAGGACGGCGCGGACAACCUCGAGCCCAUUUCCACAUCCAACAUCAUCACUGGCGGGCGACGUACGCGCGGCAAAGCCAUCGACUUCGCCGAGGCCGCUGAGAAAUCCAAGAACGAGGGCGACGAGAUGGAUGAUGACGAUGAUGAUGAUGACUAUGAGGCUGCUGACAACAACAACCACCAAGACCACGACAACGACGACCAGAUGCGGGACUAA